AUGUUCACCUUGCGGCAGGUUCUCCGCACGCUCGUCACCGUCGCAGUUCCAGCCCUCCUCUCCGUCGCGGUGAACCGCUUCUUCCCGAAGAAGGAGGAGGUCACGCCUCCGAACCAGUUCUUGCCUGUGCUCAAGGACAUCGGCUUUGUCCCCCAGACGUUCCCCGUGACCUACCGCUUCGACGAGGCCGCAGACUUUGACAACUACGAGCGCGUGCACAAUGUCACGACGGGCACCCCGGACACGACCGCCGUCCUACUGAAUUGGGCUCGCUUUCCCAAUACCCUGCUCAUCACGUCUCUGCUCUGUGGACCAUGGCUGGAGGACACGAUCGCGGAGGUGGUGAUAUGGAACAACAGCCCCAGGCAGCUUUCGUAUGAGCAAGAUCUGAAAAUCACCGGAUGCAGAAGGAGCAAGCUCAGAAUCAUCAAUGCACCGGGGAACAUGUACUUCCAAGGCCGCUUUCUGGCCUGCGCUGGAGCAAGCACGCCGUAUUGCUUCAUUCAGGACGACGACUAUCUCAUUCGGCCGGAAAUCAUCAAGGCCCUUCGCACCCGCAUCGAAGAGUCCGCCGGCCCACAUGCCAUCCACCUUCUUCCACCCCACGAACAUCUCUCCAGCGCACUACGCGAGACCCACGUCCCUAAAUCUGACUCAUCGCACAUCUCGGACAUACACACCUCCUUUGCCUGGCUCGGACACGGCACGAUGAUGCACCGCACAAAGUCCGAGGAGUUCCUCGCAUUGCUGCGCCGCCUCCGCGUGCCGCAGGACGAGAUGAAAAUGGCGGACAACUACUUCGCAAUUCUUGGCAACCGCGUUCCGGAGACAUGGUUUGAUCAGGAUUUCGGAUUAGGGGGCGGGCAUGCGUUCACCGUUGGUUCAGAUGGGGAAGAGAGGAACAAGAAGCACAUCGUGACUGCAUCGUGCGACCAGGCUGAGCUAAACGCAACACCGGCGCGCGUAAAGGUCCCGUACACAUCCCUAGCCGCGCACCCGCUCCCAUCAUCGUGGACGCGUGCCGCGUGCCGCGGAGCCGCAUGCGUGCUCGAGACGAAUAUUCGCGUGCUCCCCGCAAAUAUCGCGCACGCCAGCAAUAGCAUCAAUCGCAUUCUUUCCCUCGAGGCCCAGAACCUCGCAGUGAUAGGCGAGGAAGGCAAACAGCGUUACGAGACGUACCCGUUGUCGCACGCUGUGGAUACUCGCCCGGACACUGCGUUCCAGAGCUUUGGUGAUGGUAAAGAAGGCGACACGGUUGUCCUCGAUAUCUUAGCUGACAUCAGCAGUGUCCAUGAGUGGCAGACGGUCGAGAUGGUGCUGCUCGUCGACAGAGACACGGAGAAGCUCCUGCAGGCGAGCACCUUCGCGUCAUCCGCGGAUGGGGAGCACUGGCGAGAAGCAUCACAACGCCCGAUUUGUGAUGAUACUAAGCUGCUUGCGGGGGAAGCCGGCGCCCCAGGGACACGCGGAGCCUUGCGCGAGUGCAGCAUUCAGAUGGUCGUCGCGUCGACCGCGCUGCACCUGCGUGCGACUGGCAGAUACUUCCGCAUACGACUGAAUGAGGACCGACCCGAGCGCUGGUCAUUGCACGAGAUGUGGCUGCGGGGGCUUUAA